AUGACAGAAGUACCCGACGACAAGGAUCGGGAGUGUAAAGCAAUGGAAAAAGCCGAAAAACAGCAAGUAGAAGAACCAUGGCUGCUAUACACAGACGGCGCGUCUAACGAAGACGGCGCGUGUGCUGGGCUUCGACUGGUGAGCCCUGACAAACACGAAUUCACAUACGCCAUACGUUUGGAUUUCAAGAGCACGAACAAUGAAACCGAGUACGAAGCUUUCCUGGCUGGCUUAAGAUUGGCAAUCAAAAUGGGAGUUAAACACAUCGAAGCGCAUGUAGACUCCAUGUUAGUGUCCGGGCAAAUCAACGGACAAUACGAAGCCAAAGGAGAUGUGAUGGCACUCAACCUGAGUCAAGCAAAGAUGUUGCUACAAACCUUCUAUUCCUACAAAGUGCACCAUAUUAACAGAAGCGAGAACAAACCAGCAGACGCGCUAAGUAAGCUCGCAUCCACAAGUUUUCAGCACCUAGAAAAGGACGUGCGUAUAGAAGUUUUGAGCAACCCAACAGUGCCACUAAGGGAAGUAAGCGUCAUUCAAGCAGGAACAACAUCAUGGAUGACUCCGAUAAUCACAUACCUUCAAUCCGGGAUACUCCCGGACAACAAAGCUGAAGCGAGGAAAAUCCAAUACAAGGCUGAACAUUAUCAGAUGGCUGAUGGAAUUUUAUACCGAAAGUCAUAUCUUGGGCCGUUGUUGAGAUGCGUUGACCCCGAAGACGCAAACUACUUAAUCAGAGAAAUACAUGAAGGAAUCUGUGGUAUACAUGCCGGGCCGAGAAUGGUGGUGGCAAAAGUGAUGAACGCCGGGUACUACUGGCCCGGGAUGCAUUUAGACGCGGUAAAGGAGUUGAGGAAAUGCAGUGGAUGCCAAAGACAAGCUCCCAAGACGAUGCGGCCCAAAAAUGAAUUGGUACCAGUCACAACUGCAUGGCCUUUUCAACAAUGGGGAAUAGAUAUGGUUGGCCCCUUCCCAGAAGCCCCAGGCGCUGUCAAAUUUAUAAUAGUCGCAGUCGACUAUUUUACAAAAUGGGUAGAGGCAAAGGCACUUGCAUCGACCACUUCCACUGUCGUUAAAAGAUUCAUAUGGGAACAACUCAUAUGCCGUUUCGGGUUACCACUCAGGAUCAUCACCGACAACGGAACAAACUUUGCUGCGGACGAUCUUCAACGAUGGUUCAAAGAAUUACACAUUGAGCACACCUUCUCCUCGGUCGCGCACCCGCAGGGGAAUGGCUAG